AUGCAGUCCUCCGGCGGUCCUGGCAGCGCGCCGCCCUUCACUUUCCCGGACCUCGGUCCAGUCGUCCAGGACACUCAAUUGCGUGGCCCCACGGGGCAGGUCAUCGACUCGUCGGCGCCGGCCUCGGAGGCCUCGGUGGUGCCAACUCCCGCCUCUGCCGCCGGAGCUGCUCCGUCACCAACUCCCGCCUCUGCAGGAGCACGCGGGGUGGCGGGCGGUCUCCAGGCCGCACCUUCGGUCGUCGCGCACCAUGCUUCGGCUGCAAGCACCGGAGAGACCUCGGCUUCGAGUGCAGUGGCUUCGACGUUGCCAACUCCCGCUUUGCCGUCCGCUAGCGGGGCUUCGUCGGACCCUGCGUGUACUCAGCUGGUCCCCAGGUCCUCGCCCGACUCCAGUCCUCUGCACGAGCCUUCGUUAAAUGCUGCGCGCUUCUGCUGCACGGGUGACCCGCUGCCUGCAACUGCGCACGAGGCCUCGGGACUUCCUCCGCGUUCUUCUGCACAGUGGUAUGCUGUCGAAGACAUCGUCCACCACGAGGUGCAGGCUGCGGUCGAAGAGCUUCGCGAGCACUCGGAACGACGCUUCGCAAACUGCGCUCAGCUGAUGGUCGGCUUGGUGCGUCACCGAUUCGCGACAGCUAUUACGGUCAACCCAGUGCUGGACCCUCGCCGUGUUACGGCUCCGUGGGUGCGUGAGUUCACGAACUUUCACGGGUCUCCUUUCGGUAUACAGGAGGACGGGCAGCCAGGUGAAGACAAAGUCUCGGAAGAGGAGGAGGUCGAGGAGCUGAUCGAAGAGAUCGCGUCUCCGGUUGCUGAAGAGUCUUCGGAAGAGGCUCAGGACGAGUCUCGCCGCGCCGUGGAUGCUCAAGAGACUUCGGACGAAGCUACACAAGCGCUAGGAGCUCAAGAUGCAGCAACGUCAACGCAGGACUCGGUUCAAGAUCGCGUCGCGGCUUCGGAGGCCCCUGUUGAAGAGGCCCCGGCCAGCGAAACUCCGGCUGACGCGCCACGUUCGCCUCCAAGUGCUGCUGAUCAAGCUGCCACGCAGGCCGAAGCUUCUCCGGCUGCGCGUCUCCGCGUUUUGGCCAAGGUUGCCUCGUCUUCGGACGCCUAA